UUCCUUUUCCACCCAAUAGAAAGAAUUGAGGUUAGGUUUCCAGUCCUGUCAAUGUCAGCUGUUUUUAGAGAAUUCAAAAAAUGUCUUUGUCCAAGUCCUUUCUGCAGCUUGUAUCUGUUUCAUCAUUUGUCCAAGCUAGCUUUUGGAACAAAUUAUCGGACUUGAAAAUAAAUAUUGACAAAUUAAACGAUGAUGAACGGCAAAUCUACGGUUUCUUCGCAAACAGCUCCUCAACAUGGACCACACAUGUUUUGGAAGUGGACAGCACAUCAUUUAAUUCAAUGCUGAAUUCACAAAACAAUAGCAUUCCAUUUCAAGGAAAAAUAUUUAAUAAAAACACAAUUGAACAGUUUAAAGAUUGUGACAAAACUAAAAUGAUUAACGAGGAAGGAAGACGGUUUUUGGAAGAUUUGAAAAGUGGGAAGGUUUUAGAGAAGCCUUAUUUGCUGAAUUUCUUUUUUAUAUUGUCAUUUAGUGAUCUUAAAAAAUUUCAUUUUUAUUACUGGUUUGCAUAUCCAGUACCUCACAAUUUGGAAAUACCAUUGGAAGCAAUUACUCCAAUUUUAGAACAUUUUACAGAAGACGAAGUAGCAUCUUUAAGUUUAGAAUAUCUGAAACUAGAUCCUCACCAAAAGCCAUACUUUUUAAUUCACAAUAAGGAAAUCCACACUUACCACUCUAAAUUGAAUGAAAUUAGUGAGAAUAAUUACCAGGAGUAUUACUUUGCUUUUGCAGAUUAUAUCAAUAGUGGCCAACACCCAAAAUCUCAAAUUAAAAAUUACAUAAUUUUUUUGUUACAUUAUUGCCCUUUCCUUGGAGGUAAAACUUUAAAUUUUCUUUUAUUCUUUUUGGACCGCAAAUUAUCUUGUUCUCAAAGUUUAAUGUAUAAAUUAACUCUACCUUGUUGCAAUUCAAUCGAAGAUAUUAUUUAUGGUAGUGGUGAUAACGCAUGGGCUGGAUGGGAAAAAAAUGAGAAAAACAAAUUUGCGCCACGAUUUUCCAACAUGAGAGCAACAAUGGAUCCUCAAGUAUUAUUCGAAGAAAGUGUUGAUUUAAAUUUAAAACUGAUGAAGUGGCGUCUUCUCCCGGAGAUUAAUCUAGAUAAAAUAAAGAACACAAAAUGCCUUCUUCUAGGCGCUGGAACUUUAGGAUGCUCAGUAGCAAGAAAUCUUCUGGGAUGGGGUGUUAGGAAUAUCAAUUUUGUUGAUAAUUCAACGGUUUCUUACUCAAAUCCUGUUAGACAACAUUUGUUUACUUAUGAAGAUGCUCUGAAGAGUAAACCAAAAGCUGAAGCUGCAGCCGAAAGUUUGCACAAGAUAUUUCCAUCAAUAAAUUCUCAAGGUCAUCAAUUUAUGAUUCCGAUGCCAGGGCACAAUGUUGGUGAAAGCACUGUUGACUCUGUGAAAAAAAACGUGAAAGAUUUAGAAAAACUUAUUCAAGAACACGAUAUUAUUUUCCUUUUAACCGAUUCCAGAGAGAGCCGUUGGUUGCCUACAUUACUGGGCAUAUUCCAUAAUAAAAUUGUAAUAAAUGUUGCUUUGGGCUUUGAUACUUAUCUAAUCAUGAGAUACGGCCGCAAAGAUAUUAAAGUUGGUGUUCAAGAAAUACAAAGUCAAUCGACGUUUAAAAGAAUCUCUGGAGCGGAACUCGGAUGUUAUUUUUGCAAUGAUGUUACUGCCCCAGGAAACUCUCUUAAAGACCGAACACUUGACCAACAAUGCACCGUCACGAGGCCUGGAGUUUCAUCAAUAGCAGGAGCUUUAGCUGUGGAAUUAGCAGUUUCAGUGAUUCAACAUGAAGAAGGCAUUAAUGCCCCUGCAUUUUACAAAAGUGGUCCCCAGAGCGACAUGAAUUUUAGUGAAGACCAAGGGGGCGUUUUGGGAAUAUUACCUCACUCGAUUAGAGGAUUUUUGUCAAGUUUUAUGCAUGUUUUACCUGCUACACCAAAGUACAAUCAGUGCGUUGCUUGCUCUAGUAUUGUUUUAGAAGAGUAUAAGGCCAAGGGGUUUGCUUUUCUUCUUGAGACAUUCAACAGCAACAAUUAUCUGGAAACUCUAACUGGGCUUAGUGAAUUAUUUACUGAUAGUAAUUAUGCUGAUGUGUUGGAAUUAAGUGAUGAAGAAUGGGAGAAGUAGAUUUAUAAACAUGUUUUUGGGAUACUGCCUUAAAGCCGCCUUUGCUUAUGUUAUUUAAGUAUGAGCAAGCAUUUUAUGUACAAAUAUUACACAAAUGGUUAUGUAUUUAUUAUAUUAAGAAAUAAAUCUCAAUUGUCGAUAAAA